AGUUAAUCUAAGGAAGAAAUUAAAUCAUCAAAGGAGUGAUGGAGAAACUAGUUUCAAGUUGGGGAAAUAAUGUUAAGGCUCUCCCUCAUAAUUACAUAUUUCCACCAGAAUUAAGACCAGGAAACAACCUCAAAAUCCCCUUCACCACCAAUAUACCAACAGAUCUCAGUGAACUUGAGAAUCAUCAUCAUAGAUUUCAAACUAUUCAAAAAAUUAUCAAGGCUUCUGAGGAGUUUGGAUUCUUUCAGGUUAUCAACCAUGGGGUAGACAUAAAUCUAAUGAAAGAAACAAGGAAAGUUAUGAAGGAAUUAUUUGAGAUGGGUGAUGAGUAUAAGCAAAAGCUGUAUUCAGAAGAUCCUUUGAAGCCAUGCAGAUUAUAUACAAGUAGACCUACAUAUGCAACUGAUGGUAAUCUUCAUUUAUGGAGAGACAGUUUUAUCCAUCCAUGUCAUCCUUUGGACCAAUGGCAACAUUUGUGGCCUCAAAAUCCAACUAAGUACAGGGAGUAUGUUGGGGCAUGUUCAGUUGAAGUUAAAAAGCUGGCUUCAAGAAUCUUGAGGUUGAUUAGUGAAGGGGUUGGUUUGGAAUGUGAAUAUUUUGAGAAAGGGGGGCUUAGUGGAUCAAUGUUGGUGUCAUUGAAUCAUUACCCAGCAUGCCCUGAGCCAAGUUUAACAUUGGGAGUAUCUAAGCACUCUGAUCCUAACCUUGUAACAAUUUUAUUACAAGAUUAUGUUUCUGGCCUUCAAGUUUUGCAUAAUGGAAAAUGGAUUGCUGUUGAACCUCUUCCUGAUGCAUUUCUUGUCAAUGUUGGCUUUCAAUUACAGAUAAUAAGUAAUGGGAGGCUACAAUGUUGUGAUCACAGGGUUGUGACAAAUUCAAGUGAUGCUCGCACAACUGCUGCAUUUUUUGUUGCACCUUUAGAUGAUUCUUUCAUAGAGCCAGCACAAGCAUUCAUUGAUGAAUAUCAUCCACCAUUUUUCAAGUCUUUCAAAUAUAAGGAUUUUAGGUCAUACUACAUUGCUGAGAAGGGUGAUACUGAAGUGGUGAUGGAAUCAUUUCUAGCUUAAAAAUAUGUUAUUUAACUAUGAAAUAAUGUUCUGUUAAGAAAAAAAAGGGGGAUGAUUUAAUAAUCAUGUAAAGAAU